AUGUCCCUCGACGGAAAGGUCGCUCUCAUCACUGGAGGAGCAAAGAACUUGGGUGCAGAGAUUGCCCUAGCUUUGGCUCCCCUGGGCUCUCAACUUGCGCUUCACUACAACUCUCCCGCUUCGAAGCAAGAUGCCGAGUCACUGGCUACCAAGCUGAAGAGCUCGUUUCCGAGUGUGAAAAUCUCCUUUUAUCAGGGAGACCUCACGACCGAGGCUGCUGUCGACAAACUGUUUGCCUCUGUCCUCAAAGAUUUCGGAAAGAUCGAUAUCGUUGUGAACACGGUUGGUAAGGUGCUCAAGAAGCCUAUUGUCGAUAUUACAGAGGCAGAAUAUGACACAAUGUUUGCUGUCAACUCCAAGGCUGCAUUCUUGAUCCUCAAAGCUGGCGCCAAGCAUGUUGAAGAGGGCGGCAAGAUCAUCACCAUCGUGACCUCGCUCCUGGCAGCCUUCACUGGUUUCUAUACCUCAUAUGCAGGCUCCAAGGCUCCAGUAGAGCACUUCACGCGUGGUGUUGCUAAAGAACUCCAAGGUCGCAAAGUCAGUGUCAACGCUGUUGCUCCAGGGCCCAUGGAUACAGCUUUCUUUUAUCCACAAGAGUCCCAAGAUGCAGUCGAGUUUCAUAAGAGCCAGGCGAUUGGAGGACGCCUAACUGAUAUCAAGGACAUUGCUCCACUGGUCAAGUUCCUUUGCGUUGAAGGCGGAUGGAUCACGGGUCAGACUAUCUUUGCCAAUGGCGGUUACACGACUCGUUAA